ACAUACGACCAUAGGACGUUGAAAACAAGGCUUCCCGUUCGCUCAGCCCUAUUUAAGCAACGUACCGGCGGAUUAGUAGUUAGGUGGGUGACCACUAGCGAAUACCCGCUGUUGUAUGUUUUUAUCUCUUUUUUGUGUUCGCACCAUCAGAGUGGUUGUAGCAACUCAAUAACUGUUCAGCGCAAUCUUGGCUUAAUCUUUUGUGCAAAGGCUACCGUAGCCUUGAACAGAAGCUUUCCAUUGUAGGGACUGAUGUUUAAGACUUUCUGGUCGCUGAUAGUUCCUUUACCUUACUACAAUGCUUCGUCAAGUAGAUUCUUGAGUCUCAAACUUCUAGCUUCGAGCUUGCCGUUAAUACUU